AUGCCAGUUUCUCAUUCAGGACUCUUCCCCGAGGACCUACGGGAAGCCCUGCCCACCCUCGCCGAGGCCAAAAAGCAGCGCAUUGUCCGGCGUCCUGGCGAUGUACUCCAAGCCCUUGAAUUAGAUUUUCGCAAGGCCCGAUCUGAUUUGGGAGACAUCCUAUGCCGAAGGACUCGCCAGCAAACCUCAUUCACAGUGGCAGAGGGGCUGCCUAUGUACAUGAAGUCCCUGCGCUGGGCGCUGGCAGUCAUGGCCGUGCUCCUGGCGGUGUCCACGGUUGCCAUUGUGGCCUUGGCCUCUAGAACAGGGGCCACGUGCCGGCCGUGCCCCCAGGGCUGGCUGUGGUCCGGGGAGCACUGCUAUUACCUCUCCGCUGAGGCCGAGGCCUGGGAGGCCAGCCAGGCUUUCUGCUUAGCCCACCACGCCACCCUCCCCCUGCUGAGCCACACCCAGAACUUCCUGAGCAGAUACCCGGUCACCAAGUCCUCCUGGGUGGGGGCCCGGCGAGGCCCCUAUGGCUGGCACUGGAUUGAUGGGGCCCCCCUGCAACCCCAACUACUCCCAGAGGAAGACAAGGACCAGCUGGACCUCCAGUGCGGGGGUCUGGAGGGAGGCAAGCUUGUGGCUUUGGACUGCGCCUCUUCAAGACCCUGGGUCUGCGCCAAGGGGACAGACUGACGGGUUCCGCCCACCUUGAGCCUGUUGGAGGCAUGCAGCCCCCGGGGAGGUCCAACCCUGGACGCUUCGUGUCUCCCUGCCUGAGCCAGCCUGGCAGCUGAGAGGCUUUCUGUGGCCUGGGGCCGAGUGCCCAUUACAGUCUCUAGUCUCCAGCUGCUAAAGCGGAUUUAUUUUGUGACCUUGGGAGGGUUUUUUUUUUUUAAUUUUUUUAAAGCAUUUCUGAGCCUUGGUCUCUCCCUCAUUAAAAUGGGCAUUUCCUCGUCCCUCACCUAUGUCAUCACACACACACCCUUUUGGUCCUGGAGGAACAGAAAAGGAUUAGCGAUCUCCGCUGAGCCCAGCCUGGUUCUCAAUGAGCCCAUGAAAUGAGUCUCCCAUUGUCGUGUGGCCGUGGAGUUUGACAGCAGGGACACCAUUGCUAUGCAUGCCAUUUCUGGGCAGCUGGACACAUGGCCGACACAGCUGACUACCAGUGUCACGGCAAGUGAGGAAGAGGAGGAGGGAGGUUCUGCAUUGAUGGCCAAGGCUGGGACAAGGCAGAGGACAGGGCCGCCUGGGAAGGAGGAGCCAAGGAAGCAUAUCCGCCCUCCCUGCACCUUGGUAGGUACAAGUUGCUGCACAGCAUGGGGUCCAAGUGAGAAAGAAAACUGGAGAAAUGUGGGGAUGUCCGAGACAGCUCGUCCACCCACAGCUGUGGGGACACCAGCCUGGAGAUGUCUGUGUCGGGGUUCAGGGAAGGGCUAGAGGGCCUGGAAGGGCUUGUUUAGUCUCCCCAGCCUGUACAGACCUACGACAGGGGACUUACACCUGUGUCUUAUCUUGGUGCCAAGCAUUCAGCAGAACACUUUCCUCUUUGAAGUCAGAUCACGUAUCCCAACCUUAGAGAGACCUCUAUCGGUCCAUUUAAACCAGCAUCUCGUACAGAAUGUACGGGCGCCUGGGAGAAGGGUGCGCUUGACAAGCAAUAAAAAUCAUAGAAACAU